AUGGAUGAUGUUGGCAUCAACCUGGGGGACCCGAGUGACUCUGGGUACCCGACUUCACCCCCAUCAGAGGCCCCUGAUCACAAUCUUUUAACCCACCGCCUUAGUUCUCCUCACCAGUCGCCACACAGAGGACGGCGUCGGCAUCAGUCUGGUCAAGAAGGGUUGUCACCAUCCAGUCCUCCGUCGUCUCUGACCACUAAAGCAAAGUCCAGCAGUGGCAGUUUGAUCUCUAAUGUGAAGCUCCUGAUCAACAGUGAGUCUCCCACUGACAGCGUCUUCAGUAAGAUGGCAAAGGAUUGCUACGAGAAUGAAGAUGUGUUUGAAAAGCACUGCAUUGAAGAAAAAGACGAGAAAGUUGUCAUCAAUAUUUCAGGCCUGAUGUUUGAGACCCAGCUCAGCACCCUGAAUAACUUUCCAGAGACGCUGCUCGGUGACCCCACGAAGAGGAUAAGAUACUUUGACCCAAUGAAAAACGAGUACUUCUUUGACAGAAACCGCCCGUCUUUUGAUGGUGUUCUGUACUUCUAUCAGUCAGGGGGGAGAAUCCGUAGACCGGCCAAUGUUCCCUUAGAUGUUUUUGCGAAUGAAAUGGUUUUCUAUGAGUUGGGUCAUGAAGCAAUGGAGCAGUUCCGCGAAGAUGAAGGGUUUAUCAAAGAGCCAGAAGUCCUUCUGCCCACCAACGAACUCAAACGACAAUUUUGGCUACUGUUUGAAUACCCAGAAAGCUCCAGUGCAGCCAAAUCUGUCGCUCUGGUUUCUGUGUUUGUCAUCGUCAUUUCCAUUGUCAUCUUCUGCCUAGAGACUCUGCCAGAGUUCAGGGAAGACACUGACUUUCCCCCGAUUUUAACCCAACUCAUCAACGGGACCCAAGGCGGUUCUGCCCCUCAUCCCGCCACUAAAGACGUGUUUGCAUAUUUAACAGACCCCUUUUUCAUUGUGGAGACUAUUUGCAUCAUUUGGUUCUGCUUUGAAGUUGGUGUCCGUUUUGUGGUGUGCCCCAGCAAAAGGGAUUUCUUCAAUAACAUCAUGAACACCAUUGACAUAGUCUCUAUAAUUCCCUACUUUGUAACCCUUGGAACAGAGCUGGCUACGACCCCUGAUGAUGAUAUGAACUCCAGUCAGAACAUGUCCCUGGCAAUCCUAAGAAUUAUCCGUCUAGUGAGAGUUUUUAGAAUUUUUAAACUCUCCCGACACUCGAAAGGGCUUCAGAUCUUGGGGCAGACCUUGAAAGCCAGCAUGAGGGAACUCGGGCUGCUUAUCUUCUUCCUUUUUAUAGGAGUCAUCCUAUUCUCAAGUGCCAUCUACUUUGCAGAAGUGGAUGAGCCCCAGACCCAGUUUGUCAGCAUCCCUGACGGCUUCUGGUGGGCUGUGGUGACAAUGACCACUGUGGGAUACGGAGACAUGUGCCCCAUCACAAUCGGAGGCAAAAUGGUCGGCACCCUCUGUGCCAUUGCUGGUGUCCUGACCAUCGCCCUGCCCGUCCCUGUCAUCGUCUCCAACUUUAACUAUUUUUACCAUCGUGAGACUGAGCAGGAGGAGAAACAGGUGAUGGAUGCAGCGGCAGAGGCUGCUCAGAAAACGUCCGCUGCAAACAAGUAUGGAAGCACACCCUCGCUAAACAAAAGUAACGGCAACUGGCAAAAUGAGAAAAAUGGCGCACACUGUUAG